AUGGGUAAAGCAGCAGCAGCAGCAGCGGCUGCAGCAGCAGCAGCUGCAGCAGCAGCAAAUGGUGCUGCUUCCCUCCCUCGUUCCGGCUGGUCUGCCUUCUCUCCUUGCGGCACCUACUUUGCUUCUGCUGCUAAUCCCGCACUGCAGCAGCAGCAGCAGCAGCAUUACGACAGCCGCGGUGUGUUGCCGCGCAGCACAGUUCGAGUUUGGCGCUGCAGCUCUACUGCUUCUGCUGCUGCACAUAACAGCAGCAGCAGCAGCAGCGAGGCAGCAGCAGAAGCAGCGGUGGAGUCGCUCGAGUUUCAGCGGCAGUUCUUGGGGCAGUCGAUCUCCCAGCUAGCAUUUGUUAACAUCAGCAGCAGCAGCAGCAGCAGCAGCAGCAGCAGCAGCAGACUGUUGCUGGUGAUAGGGACAGAGACGGGUAUGGUUGCUGCUUUAGACUGCAGCAACGAAGGGUCUCUCCUUUUUUCUACGCAUUUGAAUCCAUCUGCUGCUGCAGCAGCAGCAGCAGAAGAAGAUGAAGCAGCAGCAACAGCAGCAGCUGCUGCAGCAGGGGGAAGCGGAAGCGCUGCGGUGCGGGCCUUGCUACCCAUCUCCAGCAACAGCAGCAGCAGCAGCAGCAGCAGCAGCGAGCUGCUUGUGCUGCUGCGGAGGGGCCCCACAAUCUCUUCGCUGCUAGUCAUCGAUUUGCUGCAGCAAGGGAUGGUGCUGCGCUCUUCAGAUGUCGGGCGGGGCUUCACUCACGCGUUGCUGCUGCAGCAGCAGCAGCAGCGGGUGGGGGAGAGUGCAGCAGCAGCAGCAGGGAAGACGCGGCAGCUGGUGCUGCUGGGCAGCAGCAGCAGCAGCAGCGGCAGCGGAAGCAGCAGCAACUUGGUGCUCUUCGAUAUGCAGCAGCAGCAGCUGGUAGCUAAGCUGCAAGGGGGGACAGCAGGCUUUGCUGCUGUUGCUGCUGAUGCUGAAGCGGGUAUUGUUGCUGCUGUCUGCUUGAAGACAGUACAUGCAGAGCAGCAGCAGCAAAUUGCAGUGUGGCGCCUGCCGCAGCAUCUCUUCAGCAGCAGCAGCAGCAGCAGCAGCAAGAAGCUGAAGGUGCCCCUGUGGGGUGUCCUCGCCUACCAUCAGCGGCUGCUGCAGCUGACGUUUCUUAGCAGCAGCAGCAGCAGCAGCAGCGCAGCUGGGGUUGAUGAAGAUGAGGAGGAGGAGCAGGAGCAGCAGCAGCAGCAGCAGAUGCUGUUGUGUCUCACAGAUCAGCAGCAGAUAGUUGCCUGGUGUAUAGACACCGCAGCUGCUGCAGUGCCUCUGCAGCCGCAGCAGCAGAUCAGCACCAAGAUUUCGACAGCAGCAGCAGCAGCGGAGAACGGCGGGGUGUUCUACAUACAGCAGCAGCCGCAGCAACAGCAGCAGCAGCAGCAGCAGCAGCAGGGGUUGUACGUCGCUAGGGGAGCCUUGCUAGACCCUGUGUGCCACGUAGCAUUGCCUAUGAGUGCAGCAGCAGCAGCAGCAGCAGCAACAGCAGGGCAGCAGCUGGUGCUUCCGAUGCCUUCUCCAGGCAGCAGCAGCAGCAACAGACGGGGCAUGCAGCAAGUUGCUGCAAUCACUCUAGAAGAAGAACAGCAGCAGCGAGCGCGCCGCAGCAGCAGCAAGGAGACAGCUGCAGCAACAGCAGCAGCAGCAGAAGCUAUCUUGCCGCAGGACGCUGCGAUUUCGUCACUCAAAAGAGCAGCAGCAAGCAGCAGCAGCAGCAGCAACAGCACAGGCCCUGAAGGCGAGGCCCAUAAGAAGCAGCGACGGGAGGCAGCAGCAGCAGCAGCAGCAGCGGGUAACAGCAGCAGCAGCAGCAGCAGCGUUGCAUCAGUGUUGCGGCAGGCGUUGCUGACAGCAGAUUUGUCUCUGUUAGAAUCUGUUAUAUCGAAGGGUCAGCUAAAGAAGAGAGAGAUAGCAGCAGCAGCAGCAGCACUGUCUCCUUCGCAUGCACUGUCUCUGCUGCAGCUGCUGGUGCAGCAGCAGCAGCAGAAACCGAGCAGCAGCAUUAUGAAAGGGCCCUGGAUUGAAGAGAUAGUCAAGCAGCAAGCACCCUCUCUUGCAAGCCUUCCUGAAGGUAGGCAGCAGCUUGUGCUGCUGCAGCGGCUGCUGCGGCAAAGGAGACAGCUAGGCGAUGCGCUAAUGAUUCUUAAAGGCAGGCUUGAGCUGCUGCUGCUGCACAUGGACAGGAGACAGCAGCAAGCAGGCGAAAGAGACAAACUUAAACAAGAAGCGCUGCAGCCACUUGCAGAGCAUGUGGGAGCUCUCUAG